CAGCCAAAUGAACAAACAGCAUCAUGUUAUGUAUGUGGCUGUCCUUGAAAUAUUCAUAUGAGUGUGUUUAUUCUGGUUUACGAUUAGUUUAGACUAAAAGGAGCUGCUAAAUCAGGCCGAAUACUUUACGUACUUAAGUCUGAGAUUGACAAAUAGAGUUUUUGUACAUAUAUGAUGUGUGUAUAUAUAUAUAUUAUUGAUUAUUAUAUUAUAUAUUGAUGUAUGGGGUUCUUGGGAUACUCGGUGCCUGUGGAGGUGAGGAGUGUCUAAGCUAAAUUGGCAACAUUGUUUCUUCGUAGAUACAUAAUCAAAUAUCUACCAACAGAAAAAGACUCGUUACCACGUUACCAGCCGUCAUAACCUGCAGCUGUUUGACCGUCAGAAGAAAACGUCCCUCCUCGGCCCCGAGUUCCGCCGGCACUUACUCCAACCGGCUCUCCCCGCCCCUCGCGACGCAACUUGCGGCACAUCGUUACAGGCGAACCGAGCGCCGCCACUGUGUUCGCGGACCUGCGUCCGAGAGGGUCAGCUGAGAGGAGAGGACGCCAGCGCAGCGCCGCCGUGCAGAUGGAGUCGGUACCGGGAGGCCGUGGCCGCGCGUCAGCGCCGCUCCCGGAGCCGGCGACCCGGAGGAGGAGCGCCUGCCUGCCGGACCCCCUCCUGUGAUCGGAGCGACCGGGAGCGUUUGGAGGGCAAAAUAAAUUGUGAACCUGAUUCAAAAAUCCUCUCGUGAUGCCGGCGGGCGCCGGGUAGGAGGUGGGGGGUCCAGGCAGGGGCCUCCGGGGGGCCCAGAGCUUCACAGUUCAAGUCCAACUCCACUAACUCUAAUGGAUUUGAAGAGAGUGCUGUCCUUUCCACCGUACCCCGGGGACUACCUGCAUCCAGUGGUCUACGCCUGCACGGCAGUCAUGCUGCUCUGUCUGCUCGUCUCCAUCAUGACCUACGUAGUCCAUCACAGUGUGAUCCGCAUCAGCAGGAAUGGCUGGCACACGCUUCUUAACUUCCUUUUCCACACGGGGCUGACAUUUGGAGUUUUUGCCGGGGGCAUCAAUCAGAUCAACUUACCUUUUGUUUGUCAAAUCGUUGGCAUUGUGCUCCACUAUGCUUCUUUGUCUACCAUGCUGUGGCUGACGUUUACUGCUAGAAACAUCUUUAAAGAUGUGUUGAAAGACCCGCUACGGACUCAGAAAAGGGAUGGGACGGGUCGGACUCGCAGAAAACCUACAGUCCUCAGAUUUUAUCUUGUGAGUGAUGGAAUCCCUCUCCUAAUUGUUGGAGUUACAGCAGCAUUUGGUAUGGAUAACUAUGGCAGCAGGGAUGACGCAUUGUAUUGCUGGAUGGCAUGGGAACCAAGUUUGGGAGGUUUCUAUGGCCCCAUGUGUCUUUUGGUCUUAGUCAUGUCUGUGUACUUCCUGUGCACGUACAUCCAGCUGAAACGCCACCCACAGAAGAAGUAUGAGCUGCGAAUUCUAAGUGAAGAGCAGCAGCAGUUAUCGUCCAACGAGUCAAACCAUCACUGCCAAACUGACACUGGGGGAGUUUCUGGCUCCGCUGGCGACUGUCAGCCAUUUGCAACAGGCGUGUCGGUGCUGGCCAAUGAGCACUCAUUUAAAUCUCAGCUCCGGGCCACAGCCUUCACCCUCUUCCUGUUCCUGUCUACCUGGGCUUUGGGAGCAUUGGCGGUGUCACUGGGACAUUUCCUGGAUAUGAUAUUCAGCUGCCUGUAUGGGGCUUUUUGUGUCACUCUGGGGCUCUUCCUUCUCAUCCAGCACUGUGCCAAACGUGAUGACGUAUGGCACCGUUGGUGGGCUUGUUGCCCGUCCAAGUCCGAGGACGGGGAUCGGGACGGGAACGAACAGAGCCCAAGGCAGGAGCUCCAUCAGCCACAUUGCCACCUGAUUUCACCGUGCUUCGGCAAGCAGCCUCUGCUCGCCUCUCACCUCGUUCAGAGUUCCUGCCAGAAAAUGACGCCUCCCUCCCAGAGCCCUAUUCCCAAUCACGCGGGUCCAUGCUGCGUGGCCGUAAUGAGUCCUGUCACCGCGGCCCCCAUGUCACCUCUCGCUGAGCCACUGCCUUCACCGUGUCAGCAGACGCUUUCCGACGAGCUCCCGCGUCCCGCUCUUCCUCUACAGGCCUGCCUUAAUGACAGAUCAAAGUCGCGCUCCUUUAACCGCCCACGUCCAUGUCUCCAGGACUACCGCUCACACAUGACUUCCACCAGUAUGGACGGGAGUGGCUACAGCUCGCACCUCGACAGCCCACAUGCAGCGCACCACCUCGAAGGCUCACCACUAGCUUCCAACUGCCCACACCCAGACCUCCAGCUUCCCUGCCUGAGCCCUUACUUGGAAAAGCAGCUGGCUUCCUGCCACAGCUUGCAACACCAGGACUCCUGCCAUAGCGUGCAAGACUCGAUAGCUUCAGGUCACGGCCGGACACACAACAUGCACGACAGCAUUACUUCCUGUCAUAGCCUCCUCCUGCCUUCUGGGGGCAACACCUGCCAGUGGCACAUGUACAGCUCAGCUGAUCACUCCUCCACUACGAGCUGCUAUGAGAAACCCGACCCCUUUGCCUUGCAGUACAAGCAAGACCCCGAAACAUACAGCUGCGCGUCAAAGCCAAUUGAUGAAGAGAAGGAUCGUCUAUGUGUAGAGGUGGAGCAGAAAGGUUUCCCUAGAAAUACUCUGCCUCGGCAGCAUGGCACCAUCAGCAGGCGAGGUACAAUCGGCCGAAACCGGAGCCUGCAGGAAGACGGCCUCUUCGGUUCAGACGCCACUGGCAACAUUCGGACUGGUCCUUGGAAGAAUGAAACCACUGUAUAGUUUUCUUACACUUGUACCUUGCACCUUAAUUUACCACACCUUCCAGCAGCCUUGCAGUCAAAUUACUCCUAGUGUUUGGGUCUCAAUGAAUUCAGCUUUGCCCCUUGAAUCAGACGUUGAGUUUUCAACGAGGCUACGUAUCCUAAUGAUAUUUCUAACUCUCCUCAUGACAAAGUUAUCUAUAAGUGUUUCGCCAAUCCAUUUUUGCAGGGAAUAUUCAAGCCCAAGAGAUGUUCAAUUGGUGUUUGAUGAAUAUUCUGCUCUAGGUAGUUUUUAAUUUAAAGUUGCAAUCAGUAAUAUAUGGCCUUCGAGGUGCACACUGGACAGUAGUUGGCGGUGACAGUCAGACGGCCAUUAGUUCAAUCUAAAUAGAUUCAAAGAUGUAUAGAUCCCUAAAACUUAAAAUGUAUGACAGUUGAUUGCGGGUCAUAAUUAUUGUCAUACAGUAAUCGUUACUAUGUUGUGAGAGCAGCUAUGCUGACAACGAUUUCAAUAAUUGGUUAAUCUGCUAAUUAUUUCUUUGAUUAUUGCGUUAUUAUUGGGUAAAAAAAGAAAAAAAGCUAUUACUUCCAGCGAGUUAUCUGGAAUGAAAACUUUAUAUUUCAUCUUCAUGUACAAUGCACUCAAAAAUGCAUUUUUAGGAAUGCGAAAGACAAAGGUGACUCAUCUUAUGUUGCUCAUCAAAUUAGCCACAAAAACAAAGUUAGCUUAACAAAAUAAACAAACUUUUGACACUCAAGGCAAGGCAAGGCAAUUUUAUUUGUAUAGCGCUUUUCAUACACAAGGCAGACUCAAAGUGCUUCACAUCAUAACAUUUCAUACAAUAAAGUGAAAUAAAAUGCAGUAAUUAAAAGACAGUUUGGUGAAUACUUCCGGAUAAAAUGUUUUUCCGCUCACAGUCUAUACUUAUAUAAUAAUAUUUUAUUUAUAUAAAUUUGUUCUUCAUUCAUAAAAAAACUAAACCAAAAUACGUAAAUAUUCUUUACAGAUUUGAAGCACUCACAAGCUCAUAAACCAGCAGGUGGAAAAAUCAGGAGCUCCCGUGUUCACUAAGGAUUUGGUGAAAGCGCUGCGCCUAAAGCAUUAUGGGUAGUGAAUAUUGGGUCUGUUUAUUAAACUUGGCAGUCACAGAGGGAACCCUAACGCCUCAACAUUUGAAAACCUUUAGUGAUAUAUAACGCCAUGUAUAAGCCAGAAGCAUUAGAAUAUCACUGAUUGCACCUUUAAAUACUUUUGGAUUGAUUGUUUUCAAAAAGUUCUAUAUUGGUUAAAGUUAUUAUGUUUGUAAUGAUGUUGCUAGACAUGAUAUCAUUUUAAAUGUGGGUGGUUACACGUGUGAAAACACUUUUGAGUUUGUGUGAGCAUGUGUAUGUUUUUUAUGUGGAACAGUGCAUGAGUAAACAUCCAGAUGUGGUGUGGUUUUGUGCUAUAUGUGUUUAUUAUUAUGGAGUCACCCUUGCAGAAAUUUAAAUUGAUGAUCUGUCUUGAUAAAGAUUAUUCCAUUAAAUCUACAAAGAUUGUUCUAUGGAGACACCUUGUCAACGCUGCCAAAUGGAGUCAAUAGACUCUCUUCUGACAAAUAUUGCACUCGUAUGUACUAUAGUAACUCAUCUGGUGAGAUAAUCAUUUCAAAAGAACAACCCUACCAAUGUGCUCCAAAGCACAAACUUUGUAUAGUGCCAAAAAGAUGUGCCAGCUUUCACUGUGAUGAGAUACUACACAAAGCUCCUUCUCAAUAUGUUUUGAGAGAGUAUAUAUAGUUUGUAGCAUCAUACAAACUACAACUCAGGUUUUACAAGAUCAUCAGCGGCCAUUUUCAAGUGGUUCCAGAAACAUCCACCUGUUAUCUCCAUAGAGCACGUUUCAUAAGCUUUACUUUGUGUUUCAUGCAACCAGCUUGAAAAACUCAUCGAUUACCAGAUGAGCUUUCUUCGGGUAAUGAUGGUUUUCAGUCAGGUCCAGUAUGCCCUUCAAUCUGUCACACUCAAUCACAAUCAAAAUCUUACACUUUAUUAGCCUAGCUUAGCAUAAAGUUUAAAGAAUGUUAAGUAUACGCAAAAAGUGGUUCUUCAAAUAUCUUUACCACCACAGCAAGACAAAUUACCCCAAAAGUAGUCAAUUCCUGACAUAGUUAUUAUCGCCAACUGGUGAUAUUUUUGGUAUAUUUUUUCCCAAAAAAGUUUAGAUGGAGGUUCAUAUAUAUGUGUGAAAAGUAAAAUAUAAUUAAGAUACAUUAGAAUUUUAAAAGGUUUCUCUUUUUUAACCCCCCCUCCCCCCUUCCUGUUCCUGAUUGACUUCUUGUUCGCCUUGCUUUUGCUUGUUGGUUUGGACCGGAGGGAUAUUGGAUAGGUUAGGGUUAGAUCCAGCUUAAUCCUGGUUCAGCAUGCUAGGAUCAGUUGAAAAAGGCUUUUUGCUGUCAACCCAACUAUCUAAUUUAUUUAUUUAAUUUUUCUUUAAGAAACAACUCUCUUGUUUGGUAUUUAGCAGCACAUUUGGAACGAAUGAAAGUGUUGUGUGUUUCAUUCUAUUUUUAGGACCAUAAUCAGGCGUUCCUACUGGAGCUAGCGUUGAUUUAAAAAAGGAAUGAUUUAUAUCACCCUGUUAUUCAUUCUAGGUUAAACACAGAUGUUCACCUAUACGUUGGCAUAGCCCUUUUGAUGUAGGUGCGGUUGCUAAGCGACACCAACCUUCAGCCUCACAUUGAUGACUAUACACAUACAUACACGAAGUGUUGUCGUGUCCCGUUCCCGGGCCCUCGAGGCAGGGCUCCCCAUUGGUGUCAAAAGGAUGGAAUCCAAACAAGAAACCAUUUAAAUGUGGUUUUCUUUUUCUUUUUUUCCUUACCACUUCUAUUGUGGAUUUCUCAACCGGGUAAAAGAACAAAUUGACACCUUGGGACUACCAAUAUGAGCACUAUGUGUUGCCUGCACCAGAAAUAAAUAUUUACUGUGAUACAUUG